AUGUUCGAACCAAACGUUGUAAUCUGGCCGUUUUUUGAAACAGAAACAGUUGCAGACCGCCGACGUUUCACAAUCAAGGUUUUGCUUCUAUUCCUUGCUUUCGUUUUCGCUGGUCUUCUGCAAUGGAUCCUGGCAAUGACAUUACUAAGCAAUUUUUGUUAUCUGAUGGCGAAGAACCACUCCUCAGCCUUGUUCCUGGCAUUUGUUGCUGGUCUUUUCAUUUUCAUGAUAUUCGCCAUUAGCAAGUCUAUACGAAGAACGAAAUGCUUGAACUGGAUAAUGACUUUGUUUAUAGUAGAGCUCCUGGUGGUUCCCAUUAUUGCGCUGAUGGUUGAUGACUCACUCCUUCAUAUGCUGACCGGUUUUCUGAUAGCCUCCGUGAUAUUCUUAUUCUGCGUUAUACUGGCUGCUACAAUGCCGACGGAUAUCACAACUGGUGGACUAUACAUAUAUCUGAUGACCUUGGGAUUCUACUUGCUGAGCCUAUAUUGCAUUGUCCUAUAUAGCAUUUUGAAUUUGACAUGGAUGUAUUAUCCGUUUGCCAUCUUAAUGGCCUGCGUUGUGGCGUUCUUCCUCAUGUAUCAUGUGCAGUGCAUCAUGGGUGGCAGAGCAGCCGCCACCAAGCUGUACGACGACCUUUAUGCCGCGCUGCUGCUCUUCAUUGAGUUGUUAGCAUUAUUUAUCCUAACCCUCUACUUUUGACCCCAAAAUGGAGCGCCAGCAGCUUAAAUAAUAAUGGCGCCCCGCUGUUCUACGUUAAUUCCUUCUAUUUCAAACACACAUUCAGCCGCUUUUCAACUGAGGACGUAAGGAGCUCAUGCCUCCGGCAGCCACCGGGUCCUCGCAUGUGAAGUAUCGCAUGAUCCCGACACUCGAUCCGUCCAUCUUGGUUGCAGUCAUAGGCAUACCGUUCCAA